AUGGCUGCACCAAGGUGGAGAGAGCGGCAAGACCGAUUCCGAAGUCUUCCCACGUGGCAGUUCUCUAUUUUGCCCCAGGAGGCCAGUGUGGAGAGAGAUCCUCUUUCGCUUUUCACUUAUGUGGCCUUUUUCCACUUCAAGGUACUCUGCCAUGAGCGCCGGCAGAAGGCAGACCGGUACAGCGGGGGCAAGGAGUACUCGUGGGUCAUCAAGCGGCGCUUUUCGGAUUUCCAGGCGUUGGACGCCGGGCUCCGGAAAGUCCGACCAUUGAAUCGAUUCACCUCCGAGUCCACAGAUCCGGCCUUGAUUUGCUGGGCGGCGGCAGGCCUGGAACGUCAGGCGGCCGCCAAGGCAGAGUCGCUGCCGAGGGAUGCGGUGCAUAUCCUUUGCAGAUGCUUUGCAACCAUCGGAGGCAACGGCGGCCUGACCGACGCGUGGUGCGAGGCCGCGGCACCCGUGCUGGCGGCGCUGGGCCACCUCUUGCGAAGCAGAGAAGGUGAUCGGCAGCGCCUACGCGAUGCCUUGGUCGAGGAGGCAUCCUCUGGGGUGCUCCGCUGGCUCCAAAAGUUCCGCGAACUGCUCGAAUUUCCUGCUCCAUUUGGUGCUGCGGAGGCGGCUGCUUGCGAGGUUCUGGAGCUCGUUUGCCGGGGCGACGAGGAGCUCACAACACUCCUGCACCGUCACCGCCUUCUAACCGUGGUGAGCCAGCGGCUUCUAGCGACCUCCAGCGAGGAGGCAGCUGCAGCUCCUGGUUGGCGGCAUUUCGCUGCUUUCGGGGUUCGGCUCCUCGAAGCUCUCAUGACCGAGGAGGACACCGACCGGUUUCGACUGGCAGCUCCUCCCCUCUUCAAGCCUGUGUGGGCCUGUCGCGAGAAGCCAGAUGCCGCACGGCAGGCGCUUCUGGCGAUGCUGCCACCCGGCUCUGAAGAGGCUUUCUGCAGCGCCACACCGCUGGAGGUCUCUGCCCUCUCUGCCUUGGGGCAGCUGGCGCGGCGAAGUGAAGAGCAGGCGCGCCUCAUCGUCCGGUCACCAGCGCUGCCGCAAAGCUUCAAGAUCCUGGAUCGCUGUGCCUGUGACGAGGAGAAAAUCGUCGAUGUGCUGCAAUUUCUGCGACACGUCCGGACAUUUGUCCCAGAGGAGGCCGGCGACGAUGUCAUCGUCGUCGGACGAGGAAAGGAGAGCCAAAGGUUCUGCCUUGUCAGCCAGCAGAUUCCACCCGAUCUGGAGCCAUUGCUGAGCAAGCCCUUCACAGAGGAGCAGAGAUCAGUAAUCUUUACGAAGGUUGGUGUGUAUUCCGCCAACCACAUCCAGCCGCCUCAGAGACCCAAGGCACUUGUGGUCUUCGGCCCUCCAUCCGUCGGGAAAUCAACCCUGAGCAUGGAGGUCGCCAAGCGUAUUUUCGACACGCCUGGCAACGUUGUGUGUGUUGAUGGCAACGACGUGCGCGACGCGCACGAGGGGUUCCAAAAGGUGGCCCAGCACGGCUUGCAGCACAACCUGAUCCACACCGAUGCCUGGGAGAUCCUGAAGGCAACGAAGACCGUUGAAAACCUCAAGAAGGACCGGUUAGAGGGGGAAAUGAGUUCCUACGAAGCGAGGCUUCUGGAAAGGCUGAUCCCCAACUCUGUCGGCCAAGUCUCGGCGGGCAUCACCCUCCGACUUGUUGCAACGUGA